AUUUCAUUCGUGCUCGGGUCCCAUUUUCGCGUCAAGUACGCUGUGUACUCCACCUCAGUUUGUUAAGGAGAUUUUUCAUCGUGCCUAGGGCGAUCAGACGGAUAAUGAUUUCGCCAGUUUGCACCAAUGCAUUGUUCUGAAGUUGAUCUUUGCUGACUUCCGAGCUCGCAGAUUCAUAUUAGUGCUCUUACCGCUCACAUUCCGGACGUACAGAAUCAUUGGGCGCACUCAGGAAUAGGCAUGCGAUAUGGUUUUGCCACAUGUUAUGUUGUCAGAGUGUGACACACUACGGAGUUGAUAUGUUGGUGUCGAAUUCCGACCGGUCAGGAUCUCUCGGUGCAGCCCCAGGGCCUAGACGGGGAUUGCACAGAGGUGCAUGCGGUACCGGAGGGUUCAUCGUCUACCUUAACUCCGGGAACGCGACGCAGGCGAACAUCACGCCUAUCAUCUCGCAGAUCUCCGCGCCGCUCAACAACGCGCUCGGCUCGGUCAACGGCCUCAAGAGCCAGGGUGUCUCCCAGAACGAGCUCCUCCUCUCCGAGGAUGGCUCCGAGAUCCUUUCCGUCGGCGCUCUCGCCGCGCUCAUUGCCGCCGAUCUCGUUCUGCUCUUCAAGGCCAUCGGUGUUGUCCUCGCCAUUGUUGGUGCUGACUUGCUCGCAAUCCUGAUCCCGCUCCUGUACGCCGUCGGAAUUCUGGUCUACAAGAUCCUCUUCGUCGUCCUCGGUCUCGUCAGCGGCCUGCUCUUCGCUCUGACCCCUCUCCUCAGCAGCAUCGUCGGUGUCCUCGACACCCUAGGAUUGACUGUCCUCCUCCUCCUCCUGGCCCUCUAAGCGCUACCACCUGGCAGCGCCUAGCGAACACGUCCGCGCUAGCUAGUUGCAAGCCUCGUCGGGAUGCUAGCGCGAAUGAGCUCGUGGGCCUACUAAAUGCAGGAUUAACGACUAGCUUUCAUGAUCCUUGCCACGUUUGAAGUUCAAUUAGGGUUUGUUUUUAGUUUAUGAAGUUUCUUCGUGUAGAAAAUGUGUACGUUCUUAGGGUACUAGUCUACGUGUUCUUCAUAGAACACGUAUAGAACACGUGGAAAAAGUUC